AGGCUGGAUAACCCCAGUUUUAGCAACAAGGGGUGGUAGGAGUCUAUAAAUGGCACAGGAGACAGAGCAGGGAAACAAUCAGUACAUGAUUUAAUACUUGUAACAAGGAGACGAAGAAAAGUGAUGUCACGAAGACAUGAAUGGGGAUACGCCAUGUGCAAUGGUCCAGACAUGUGGCCUGACUACUUCCCAUGUGCUAAAGGAGAGCGUCAAUCCCCUAUUGAACUUCACACCCAGUAUAUUAAACAUGACGGCAGACUGCGACCAUGGACUUCCACCUAUGUCCCUUCCUCAUCUUUAACUAUUGUCAAUGAUGGCGUCACUGUUAGGGUGAUGUUUGAUGAUUCUUCAAAUAAAUCAGUAAUCAGAGAUGGACCGUUGAUUGGAAUGUACAGACUUCGCCAGUUGCAGUUUCACUGGGGUUCCUCUGAUGACCACGGCUCUGAGCAUGUUAUAGAUGGACUGAAAUAUUCCGGAGAAAUUCAAUUUAUUCACUGGAACUCAAGGUAUGACAAUAUAACGGAAGCAAAGAAACACCCAGAUGGAGUGGCUAUAAUCUCUGUGUUCUUAAAAAUCGGGAAAGCCAAGCAAAAUCUAAACUUGAUAUUAGACGCCCUGGACUGUAUAAAGAACAAAGGAAAGAAAGCUCAUUUCACAGAUUUUGACCCUACAAUUCUGUUCCCUGCAUCCCGGGAUUACUGGACAUAUCAAGGCUCUUUCACGACUCCUCCAUGUGAGGAAUGUGUAACCUGGCUGCUCUUGAGGGAACCAAUCACAGUCAGCCCGGAACAGAUGGAGAAAUUCCGGAGUAUUUUCUCAACUAUGGAAUGUGAGGUUCCCGUGCACUUGAUAAACAACUAUCGGCCCACGCAGCCUCUGAAUGGGAGAGAUGUCAGAGCAUCCUUCGACUAGACUCAGCGUGUGACUUGUAAAAACUGUUUUUGCCAUGUCUGAAAUAAAGUGCUGAAAUGA